AGAGGUUCCGCUGUUCUUCACUCCUGAAACACCUAUCCAUACCUAUCCCAUGGCAGAAGUAGCGCAGAUGGUCGAAAUAGUACCCUCUGCUGCAGAUGAUCGAAUCAGGAUGGAAUGUGACAAGUGUGGCUACAAAUGUGUGCCGCAAUGGCUGAACGACAAGGCUCACUGCUUGAAAUGCCAAGCCGUGCUGCGUAGCCGCAACUCGCUUCAUGAAGCCAAGCGUGAGAUCCUUGGAGCUGAAGCCAAUGGCGAGGAUCGUCGCCAGGCCGGGGAGGUCAGCACUUUCAAGGCGGCUCCCAACAGUGCCAUGGAAUCUGCCAGUGGAAGUUGUUCCAAAGCACCCGAUGGAGUGCAUCACUGGAAGUAUGGCAAGUGCAACUUCUGCCAGCAGGCUGAAGGGAAAUUGGCGAAGGGACCAGGGGUGAUGCAGAACCCAGGUGGAGUUGGAGAAUGUCAGAAGGGUGGCAAAUGCAUGUUCAAAUUCGCGAAGUGCACCAAGUGUGGCCGAGGGGAACUGGCCAAGGGAGAGAGGGAGGAUGUGCGUAGGAUCUCGGAUGCUUCCACUGCCUCAAGUGGUACAAACGCCUCCAAAUCACCUCGCACUCAAGUCACUCAACCCACCCAACCACGAGCACAGAGUCCACCCUUGGCAGCAGCUGCUGGUUUGCUCAUGAAGGAUACGAAAUCCGAGGAGGAAGUGACUAAGAAGUUCUCCAAAGAAUCAAAGGACUCAGAAUCUGGAAAGUCAUCCAAGGGUGAGACGCGCAAGACCUCAAAGGGCGGGACGGAUGAUCGUACCCGCAUGACAUGCCACGUUUGUGGGUACAAAUCUGUUCCCCAGUGGCUCAACGACAAAGCACACUGCUUGAAAUGCGAUGCAAUUUUGAAGACUCGCGCAAGCAUUCAUGGCGAAGUCGACCUGCCCGAAAACUGGCAGAAAGAUCUCACAGCGUCGCGGAAACCGGGCGAGGCAAGCACCUACAAAGAGUCGCCGGGAAGCGCCAUGGAAUCCUCCAGUGGGAGUUGCUCCAAGAGCCCCAACGGCCUCCACCAUUGGAAAUAUGGAAAAUGCAAUUUCUGUCAGCAAGCAGAAGGAAAGUUGGUGAAAGGUGCUGGGGUACUCGCAAACCCUGGGGGUGCAGCUGGGUGCAAGGAUGGUGGCAAGUGUAUGUUCAAGUUCUCAAAGUGCACAAAGUGUGGCAGGAAGGAAUUCUGACUUCAGCUUGGAGAAGGCUUGAUUACAGUUUGAAGAUUCAUCUUCUGUCAAGCUGGUGGUGAUUGAUUAAAUCAAGGCCACCCAAGGUUUCUUCCGAUGUACCGUACUGCUUACACAGCCCAAAGAGGCGAUAUGCUUUUGGCAAAA